AAUGGAUUUCUCAAAAUUUGCCGAAUACCUAAACUUCAUGGACCCAAAAGACUUCCAAGAAUUCAGUGACCAAGUAGUUUCCUACAUUCUUAAUAAAAUUCAAAUAAAGUCUUCGUCCAAGCAGGAUAGUAUCAAUGCGCUUACGUGUAUAAUCCUGCAUUUUGCAAAGAUUAAGGCAGGACAGAAGGAAUUGGACCAUUUGUUCCCACAGAUGGGACUUCCUGAUGAGUUUAAAGAGACUUUUUUGUUGGUAAUCUUACCGGCAAUUCCUGAAAUUCGAGAGAUGGUAGAUUUAGCGGAGGAUGAGAAUUAUAAUAAAUUCGUUGAUGUGAAAUGGAGGUUAGGGAUGACAGUCUCGACUAGGAUGAAGCAUAAAAUGAUGGCGCCUAAGUAUACUAUAAAGCUUGCAAUGGAGGACAAUGAAGGGCAUGCUAAGAACUACUUGAUAGACUCAGAUUAUGCUAAUAUGGUUAGGUUGAGGGAUGAGUUACAGGAAGCCCUGAAGACAUUGGAUACUCCUAUGUGCAAGAGCUUGUUUUAUUCUGAUAAAUAAUUUGUUCUAUUCUGGGAAUGUAGAAGGG